UGUGGGUGCAGAUGUGAUACAGCAUAUCUUAACUUAGUUACUCUGCGCUGCCUUGGCUGCUACCAAGCAAUCUCUUCCCCUCCCCCCUCCGGCCAUUAUGCCACAAACCACAUCCACCUCCACAUCCUCGCCCACUACCACUACACCCACGACCAAGGCCUUGGUAUGUCGUGUUUGUGAGAAGGGCUUCUCCAAGGCUGAACACCUGAGGAGACACGAACGAUGUCAUACGGGAUCGAAGCCUUUUGUCUGCAAAGAAUGCCGACGUCCUUUCGCACGCCAGGAUGCUCUUACUCGGCAUGAAAAGCUUCACGUCCGUGCUACAAAUGCCAAGCAGGCUCAAGUACAACAGUCCGCCGGGCAUGUGCCACCGCAGGCGUCGCCUCUGGAUGCUCUAGCCUGGGACACCCAUCGAACUACCGCACCCGCGGUGGUGUCCUCGUCGACACCCAAUAAUGCUUGGGAGACAACACAACCGGAGUCACAGCCCGGCCUACAGCAUGCAGCCUCCGAUCUCGACUUCACACUAAUAUGGCCUGAUUCCGAAAAUCUGUUUCAAAGCAUCAUGGCUUGUGAUACGACUGAUCAGUGGCAGAUGCCACUUGGUGCCCUGCCCUUUCCACCUGUUGUGCAGGAUGUAAAUGGGAUGAACUUUGGUUCGCCAAACUCCUUCGACGACAGAGGUUCAUCUAUAGGCGCUAUCCCGUCAGGUGGUAGCCACCAGGCUGUGCGAGAUGUUACAGAAAUGGUUACAAGCUCGUCAUCGAGCGUGACAGCAGCCAUCAAAGCGACUUCAAUAACAUCGGUCUUCCUGGACGAGUGCCUUCACAUGUUCUUUGUGCGAUUCAUACCCACUUUUCCCAUUCUGCACCGAGCAACAUUUGUCUUCCGGGAAUGCACACAUCCCUUGCUACUCAACGCUAUGGCACUUGGGUCCCUGUACUUAGGCCCCAAGGAUUCCGUAGCAAAGGGAGAGGCGCUAUGGCGCCUGGCCCAUACGGCUAUUGCUACUUCUUGGCAGUCCUUGAUCACACAUAGUGGUCCAUAUGAUGCUUGCAAAGGAGUUCAGCUCCUACUCACAGCUCUUUUGGGACAAAUAUAUGGUGCUCUGUCUAAGAAUCGAGUGAUCCGUACCACAAGCCAGGUCUUUCGCCCGCUCGGUUUCUUCUGGGCAAGACAUUGCGGUAUGCUAGACUGCGAGCCUUUUUCAAUGGAGAGCGUGCCAUUCCCCAGCGCACCGAACAGUGAGAAGGAGAAUAGGUGGCGGACAUGGGCAGCCAGGGAGAUUCAACAACGUGCAUUACUUGCCUACCACAUUCUAGAUGGACUGGUUGCGCAGAUGUCUGGAGAUGGCGCAUCCACACGGCACGUGGCCAAUCCACUCAUUCUGCCCAGCAGUGAAGCUGCUUUCGAUGCCAGUAAUGUGGAUGAGUGGAUUGCUACCAUGCGAACUCAAAGAUCGGAGCAGCCUUCAUUCCGACUAGUCUUCCGCUCCCUUUUCCCUCCCAUCGGCAGUUUUCGCCCACUGGAUUAUCAGUUCUCAGCCUUCGCCCUACGGGUCGUUCUGGAAGGGUUGCAGUCUUUGGUCUCAGAUUCCGACGAAAGCGAUCUGGCGGCUGUCGGUGUUCCUGGCCGCUCUGACGUUCGUAGGGCGCUAGCUCAGGUGCAUGAGACCAUCACCAUGAGCAUCCACCUCUCGGCCCCGGAGAGACUCGAGGUCCUCCUCCGCUGGCACACAAUCUGCUUGGACACGAUGAUCAAUUCCACCAUUCUUUGCAGACACGUUUGCUCUCGCUACGAUAUCACACAGCAUGUCUCCGGCGGCUCUCGGACAAUGAGACCUGGGUUCGAUAUGGUCAAAUGGGUCAACACUGAAGAUGCUCGUCGCGCAUUGCUGCACGCGAUUGCGAUCCAGGAUAUUGUCGAGCAGUUGCCAAGGGGACGUGCUCAUGUCAUUCACAUGCCCAGCUCCCUGUUCUCUGCAACGACAAUUUACGUUGUUUUCUCGCUCGCCGGGGUGACCAAUAUCCACCUUCCUCGUACUAUUGUCUGGCAAGACGCUUUGCUCUCGAGGGCUGAUCUGAACCUUGGAUGUGACACCCUUCGCCCCUCGACUGGGUCAGAGACUCGCCGUUUUGUGGAGGAGGGACGAACCGACUCUCCUCCAGGAAUGGGGGCGGUGCGCAAUUUGCUGUAUGAGAUGAACUCGUUACAGAAGUUGUUCCGCUGCUUGUUUUCUCAGUGGGGCAUCGCUCACGAUAUGGAGGAGAUCAUCGAUCAAUGGAUCACUCUUUGCCAUUGAUUGCCUUUGCCAGUGUGUCCACGACCUCGCGGGCGUCUCCUUCGUUUGAUCGCAUGAGACCUUUUGGGUCUUCAGCACAGUCAACACAACCUCCCUUGUUUAUUUUUAACACUUUCAAUUAAUCUGGGAGGAAAGCACUCAAAGCAAUUCAUGCAUUCUGGUGUAUUCAUCGCAUCGAUGCCUCUUGCGAUCAAGAGCCUCUACUGGCACAUUCCGUCCACAUGGUCCCAUUCAGGCCAAGGUACCACGAAAGCUCGAGAAUUAUGGAGAGUUUGCAAAGAGUACACACUUUGAAUAUGCUGCAGCGCAGUGCUUCCAUAUGAACACUCACUACUAGACGUGCGGUGAGAAUGCACCUGGGCUCAUAAUCGACUACCUCACGAUUUACCCUAUCCCUUCCUUUUAGGUCAAGCGCAAGGCGGGGAAGCAAAACGCAAAUCCAACUUUGACCAGACGUCUUACGAAAUAAUGAUGUCACGCUAGCAUG